UAAAUUUCACAUAAUUUAUUUUGCAAGUCAAACUACUCUGUUAUAAAUUGCUUCAAACAAAUACCCUAACCAACCGUUCUUUCUUUCCCUUAUCCGACGUUAAAUCCCUCAAAUUUCCAUCCUGUCUAAACAAAUAAAACUAUGGAAGGUAAAAAAGAAUUGCCGGCAAUAGGAAUCGAUCUCGGGACAACAUACUCUUGUGUUGGAGUAUGGCAGCACGGCCGUGUUGAAAUCAUUAUCAAUGAUCAAGGAAACAGAACGACACCAUCUUGUGUUGCUUUCAAUCAAACCCAGCGUCUUGUUGGCGAGGCUGCUAAAAAUCAGGCUACUUCUAAUCCUAUUAAUACUAUUUUUGAUGCAAAGAGGCUUAUUGGCAGAAGAUUCACUGAUGAAAUAGUGCAGAAUGACAUGAAACUCUGGCCUUUUAAGGUUAUUUCUGCGUCUGAAGACGACAAACCUGUUAUUGUAGUCACCUAUAAGGGCGAAGAAAAGGAAUUUUCUGCAGAGGAAAUCUCUUCAAUGGUCCUAAUGAAGAUGAAACAGACUGCAGAGACCUACCUUGGCUCAGAAGUGAAAAAUGCUGUUAUCACUGUCCCGGCUUAUUUCAAUGAUUCCCAGCGUCAGGCAACAAAAGCUGCCAGUACCAUUGCUGGACUCAAUGUCAUGCACAUUAUCAAUGAGCCAACUGCUGCUGCCAUUGCCUAUGGUCUAAACGAUAUGAGCAAUGAUAGGAAAGACAUGGCUAAGAACGUGUUAGUUUUUGAUCUUGGCGGUGGGACAUUUGAUGUAUCUUUGGUCAGAAUUAGUAAACAGGCUUAUGAAGUGAAAGCUGUUAACGGAGACACUCAUUUAGGUGGUCAGGAUUUUGAUAGUAGAAUGGUUGACUACUUUGUGUCUGAAUUUAAGAGGAAACAUAACAAGGACAUCAGUCAGGAGCGCAGGGCUAUUGGGAGGUUGAGAUAUGCUUGUGAGAGGGCUAAAAGGAUGCUUUCAUCAGCUACUGAGACUAGUAUUGAUGUAGAUUGUCUCUACGAGGGUAUUGAUUUUUAUUCAACCAUCUCCCGUGCCAAGUUUGAAAAGUUGAACCUGGAUUUGUUUAAAAAUUGUAUAAAUCCUGUUAAGAGAUGUUUGGAAGACGCCAAUAUGAAAAAGGGUGAUGUUGAUGAUGUUGUUCUUGUUGGUGGGUCAACUAGAAUUCCAAAAGUUCAAGAAUUGUUGAAAGAUUUUUUCAAAGGGAAGGAACUUUGCCAAAGCAUUAACCCGGAUGAGGCCGUUGCAUAUGGUGCUGCAAUUCAAGCUGCAAUCUUGAGCGGUGUACGUAACAAUAAAGACUUCACACUAGUAGAUGUUACUCCUUUGUCCCUUGGGGUUAGGCUUUAUUAUGGUGAAAUGAAUAUUGUGAUCCCGAGAAAUUCUACCAUUCCAGUGAAAAUGUCAACUAUUCUUUUCACUGCUUAUGAUGGUGAGACAACCGUUCCAUUUAGUGUAUACGAGGGUGAGAGACCUAUCGCUGAAGACAACAACUUCUUAGGUACAUUUACUCUGUACGAUAUCCCUCCAGCACCGCAAGGUCAAGAAAAAUUUGAUGUUUGCUUUGAAAUCGACAAUGAUGGUAUCCUUACUGUGUCAGCGCAGCAUAUAGGCACUGACAACAAAAAACAAAUCAGUAUUGCAAAUCACAGUGGUAGGUUAUCCAAAGAAGAGAUUGAUCGGAUGGUAGAGGAAGCCAACAAUUACAAGGCAGAGGACGAGCAGCACAAAAAAGCUGUCAACGCAAAGCUUGCAUUACAGAAUUAUGCUGAAAGUAUGUUGGACAUGGUGGAAGUUCGCUGGAACAAGUUUCGAGAGUUUCUGAAUAAGAGGAAAAGUUGAAUGAACUCAAGACAAUU